AUGGCAGAUACAGCAUGUCGAGAUUGUAUGACUUCUUGUCAACUGGAGGAUCUAAAAUUUUCAGGAUGUUUUUUUACUUGGAAUAACAAGCAGCAGAAUGAUGAACGGGUUUGUUCAAAGAUUGACCGUGCAAUGGUUAAUUCGAAGUGGACUGAUGUAUUUCAAGAAUCUAAAGCAACUUUCUUUCCUGAAGGUAUUUUUGAUCACAGUCCUAUUAUUAUAUCCUUCUAUGUUGACAUACAGUUGGGGAGGAAACCAUUUCGAUACUUUCGUAUGUGGAAGGAGGCUACUGCAUAUAAGGAUCGAGUUAGUACUUCCUGGAGGAGCCCUGUUUAUGGUACUGAGAUGUUUAAGGUGGUUACAAAAUUGAAGAGAUUAAAACAGGUUCUUUUAGAGAUUGACAGAGAAGGAUAUCAGGACUUACAGAAGUUAGAUAGUGAACGGUUUUCUCAUCUCCAUAAAGCAUACUUAACUUUUUUGGCUCAAAAAGCCAAAGCAGCAUGGGUUCUUAAUGGGGAUGAAAAUACUCAAUUUUUUCAUGCAUCAUUGAAUGCGAGAAGACUACAAAAUAGAAUUCUGUCUAUCAAAACUGAAACUAGCACUUGGGUAGAUACUCCAGAGGGUGUAAGGGAUGCUUUUCUUGGAUAUUAUCAAAGAUUAUUGGGGACUAAUAUGCAGCAAAGGAGGAAGGUACUGCAGGCCAUUGUGAAUUUAGGUCCUGUUCUUAAUGAAGAGCAUAAAUGUAUCUUGUCCACUGAGUUCUCAACACUGGAAGUUAAAACAGCUUUGUUUUCCAUUCCAGGGAUGAAAGCUCCUGGUCCAGAUGGAUUCAGUAGCUCCUUCUACCAGGAUAAUUGGCAAUUAGUUGGGCAGGAGGAUAGUGUUGCAAUUAUAUCCUUUCUUUCUUUGGGUAAACUUCUUAAGGAGAUCAAUGCUACCUCUAUUACACUUAUCCCUAAAACUAUAUGUCCUGAUACUGUGGGUUCUAUGCCUAGAUAUAAAUUUCAUGAUAGAUGUGCAAGCCUAAAGAUGAAUCAUCUCUGUUUUGCGGAUGACAUUUUACUAUUUAGUCAUGGUGAUUAUAUUUCAAUACUUUGGAUGCUUAAAGGGCUUAAACUCUUCUCUGGAAGUUUAGGUCUUUUGCCUAAUGUGACUAAGUCUAAAAUUUAUUGCUGUGGUAUGAAUGAGAAGGGGACUCAAAGGGUGUUGGAUGUAUCAGGUUUCACCAAAAGUAAGCUCCCAUUUCGUUACCUUGGUAUUCCGAUUUGUUCAAAAAAAAAUUCUGCUGCUGAAUGUGGAAUAAUAUUAGAGAAAAUGAUGAGGAAAAUUAGACAAUGGAGUACUAGGAAUAUAUCAUAUAUGGGUAGAGUUAUCCUGAUUAACUCUGUUCUCAUGUCUAUCCAUGCCUAUUGGACUCAAAUAAUGAUUUUGCUGAAAAAACUGUUGAAAGAUAUUGUAGGCAUUUGCAGGGCAUUUCUUUGGAAAGGAAGGGGAGUGUAUUCGGGGCCUGGUUUAGUGGCUUGGAAUAAUAUCUGUAUUUCUAAAGCAGCUGGAGGUUUGGGAUUCAGAAAUGUCAUUGAUUGGAAUAUUGUGGCUAUGGGUAAGUAUGUUUGGGCCACUACAGCAAAGAAGGAUAAUCUGUGGGUUAAAUGGGUUCAUAGUGUUUACCUAUCUAAAAAAGAUUGGUGGUCAUAUAGGAAUCCGCCAGAUUGUAGUUGGUACUGGAGGAAACUUGUUGUUGUUAAAGAAUUUUUCACAGCCAAAAUGGACAUGGCAUCAUUUAUUGCCACGAAGUAUACGAUUGGAGCAGGCAGUGAAGAAAUGGCUAAAUUGGCAGGUACAAACAAAUCAAUAUGCACAGUUAUUUCAGUGGAUUACCAAGGUGAAGAAUUUGAGCAAAACCAGAAGGAAUUUCCUCAUGGUUGUAGUUACUGCAUUAAUGUAUCAUAUUUGGAGAGUGAGGAGUGA